AUGAAGAGCCUCCUCACCUUCCUCCCGCUGGCUUCCGUCGCCCUCGGAGCACCAAGCUUGUGGGGAAGACAAGCUGCCAUCACCGAGGAGCAGCUGAACGAGCUCGAGCUGUACGUCCAAUGGGCCGCAGCCGCCGCCUGCAACGGAAACCAGGCCCCGAACCAGCCCGUCAUCUGCAAUCCGACCCUGUGCUCCAGGUUCGCGUCCCACAACGCCACCGUUGUCGCCUCGUUCAUCGGUCCCGAGACAGAUAUCUGGGGCUUCAUAGGCCUGGACCCUGUUGACGAGAGGAUUGUCGUCUCCUUCAGGGGCUCCAGCUCGAUCCAGAACUGGAUUACCGACUUCGACAUCAUCCAGCGUCCGUGCAACCUCACCGACGACUGCCUCGUACAUACCGGUUUCGACAGAGCCUGGGAAGAGGUGGCCAACGAGGUACUGAACGGCCUGACCGCCGCCGCGGCCGCCCACCCGAGCUACAGGAUCGCCGUGACGGGCCACUCGCUGGGCGGCGCCGUCGCGACCGUCACGGCCGCCCACGUCCGCCGCGCCGGCUUCCAGGCGGACCUGUACACGUACGGCUCCCCGCGGGUCGGCAACGAGGCGUUCGCCGACUUCGUCACCAGGCAGCCGGGGGCCGAGUACCGCGUCACGCACGCCGACGACCCCGUCCCGCGGCUGCCCCCGUUGUGCCUCAACUACAGGCACACGAGCCCCGAGUACUGGAUCGACCCGGACGACAAGGACGUCGUGUCGAUCGACGAAAUCAGAUACUGCCCCGGUUACUCCAACACCGACUGCAACGGCGGGACCGCGGGCUUAGACACGUCCGCUCACGGCUGGUACUUCCAGAACCUGAGUGGCUGCGCCCAAGAGAUCUCCCGGUACGCCGAAAUGGACGUCAAGUUGGCGGCCAACCUGAACGCCCAGGGACAGCCAUAG